AAGUGCAACCCAGAUUUGAGACCGUUAAGCCUCUGACAAUGGAGCAUGCCUUCUAGGUACAGAAGGAUGCGGAAAUCCAGGCAAUGAAGGAUGCUGGCGCACAUAUCCACCAGUCAAGUUGCUGCUCAUAUCGGAAUAUUGCUGCUAUUGGGGUCGAGUUUUAAGCUUCGUUACAAAGUGGGGAGAAGGCCAGAAAAGGAUCGUGCACUUCCAGCGAGGAUUGAUAUCCUUGUUUCUUCACGGUCUCGCGGACCCGCGGCCGCCCAAUGAAGAAGGAAGGGGUCCAUAAUGCUCAUGUAUCGUUCAUUUAUCCUUGGGAAUAAAGUCUUGGGGUUCUGGGGAGUC